AUGGCCUCUGAAUAUGAAAAGGGGGAUAGUACAACAGUGUCUUUCACAGAUCUGCUUCCUUACAAUCCACUAUCUCUUCUUUUAAUAGUUGAUUUAACAUCUUGGAUACAUGCCUUGGUAAUAUCAAGAAUAGACUAUUGUAAUUUACUCUUCAUGAGUCUGACCUUGAAGUCAAACCAGUUGUUUAACUCCAGAGAAGACAGUAUGACUACAAAGUUUUACCAGCACAUUCUGGCCUUAGCGUUUGCUAUUGAAGAGAUCAACCAGAAUCCGAACAUCUUGCCCAAUAUUUCAUAUGGUUCAUUUAAAUCAACAGUGAGAGACUCAAGCCAGUUCUCUUCAUUUUAUCGCAUCGUUCCCAGUGAAGCCCUCCAGUAUGUGGGGAUUGUCCAGUUGCUUCUCCAUUUCAGAUGGAAAUGGGUUGGGUUAGUCACUUUGGAUGAUGAAGGGGGAGAAUAUUUCUUGCAUACAUUGGAGCCAAUGCUUUCUAAGAGUGGAAUCUGUGUAGCCUUCACAGAAAGGGCUUCAAGAAUUAUCCACCUGGAUAACGCAGAUGAAAUGAUGAAUAUGAUUGGCAUUAACGCUGAGGUUUUCCUGCAGAGCAAAGCAAAUGUAAUUGUUGUAUAUGGAGAAGCUGAAAUCAUUAUGCUUCUAGGAAAUACUCUCUGGGUCAUCAGAUAUUCUCAACAGUUGGAGUCAACAUCUAAAGGGAAAGUGUGGGUUACAACUACCCAGACUGAUUUUGCAAUCGCUACUUUUCAAAAGGGAUUUGACAUACAGAUUUUCCAUGGUGCUAUUUCUUUCACAAUUCAUUCAAAUGCAGUCCUAGGAUUCCAAAGAUUUCUUCAGAUUAAAAAACCCUACUGGACUAAAGAGAACAGUUUUAAUAAAGACUUCUGGGAAGAAAUAUUUGACUGUGAAUAUCCAGAUUCUCUUAAUCCAACCAAUCCUGAUAAAACAUGUACUGGAGAUGAGAAACUGGAGAGUGUUCCAGCAACAUUCUUUGAAAUGAGCAUGACUGGACACAGCUACAGUAUCUACAAUGCUGUCUAUGCUAUAGCACAUUCCUUGCAUGUCUUGUAUUCAUUCAGGGCCAAGCAUGCUGCUGUGGAGGAUGGGGACAGGCCAGCUUUUCUGACCAUUGAGCCCUGGCAGCUCCAUGCAUUUCUUCAGAGGAUCUCAUUCAACAAUGGUGCUGGAGAUGAAAUUAUGUUCAAUGAUCAUGGGGAACUGGUAGCUGGAUUUGACAUUACCAACUUGAUCAUUUUCCCUAAUAACUCCUAUAUCCGAGUCAAAGUUGGAGAGCUGGAGGCUCGGAGUCUUCCAGGAAAAGAGCUCACCAUUCAUGAGGACAGAAUUGAGUGGCACAGGGACCUCAGUCAGAAGCCUCCCUUCUCCCUGUGCAAUGACUUCUGCUACCCUGGUUACAGCAAGAAAAUGAAGGAAGAAGAGCAAUUCUGCUGUUAUGAUUGUGCUCCAUGUCCAGAAGGGAAGAUGUCAAACCAAGAAGACAUGGAUUAUUGUGUCACUUGCCCAGAAGGUCACUAUCCAAACAAGGUCCAAGAUCAAUGCAUCCCCAGGAUUCCAAACUUUCUGUCCUUUGCAGAUACUUUGAGUAUUAUUUUAGCCUUAAUUGCUAUUUUCUUUUCUCUGAUGACAGCUGUGGUACUUGCAAUCUUCAUCAAGUACAAAGACACUCCCAUAGUCAAAGCCAACAAUCAGAUCCUCAGCUAUAUUCUUCUUGUCUCUCUCUUUCUUUGCUUCCUCUGCUCUUUGCUCUUCAUUGGAAAGCCUAACCAGGUGACCUGCCAUCUCCGACAAACAGCUUUUGGCAUCAUCUUUUCUGUUGCUGUAUCUUCGGUGCUGGCCAAAACCAUUACAGUGGUGGUGGCUUUCAUGGCCUCUAAGCCAGGAAACAUUUUCCAGAAGUGGGUGGGGAAAUGGUUGGCUCAUUCUAUUGUCAUUUCCUGUUCCUUGGUUCAAAUAGGCAUUUGUGCUCUUUGGUUGGGUGCUUCUCCUCCAUUUCCAGAUUUGGAUAUGCACUCAUUGACUGCAGAAAUUAUAGUACAGUGUAACGAGGGCUCCAUCAUCCUGUUUUAUUGUGUCUUGGGCUAUCUGGGUUUCCUAGCUGUGGUCUGCUUUAUUGUGGCUUUUCUAGCCAGAAAGUUACCUGACAGUUUUAAUGAAGCCAAGUUCAUCACCUUUAGCAUGUUGGUCUUUUGCAGUGUUUGGCUUUCCUUCUUUCCAACUUACUUGAGUACACGAGGGAAAGACAUGGUGAUUGUGGAGAUUUUCUCCAUCUUGACCUCCAGUGCUGGGUUAUUGGGCUGCAUCUUUCUGCCCAAAUGUUACGUGAUAAUAGUGAGGCCUGUGAUGAACAAAAGAGAACAAUUUAUAAGAAAACACAUCUGA